ACAGCUUCUCUGGUUUAGAAACAAAGAGGCGAGAGAGAACAAAGGGAGAAACAAGACAUCCCAAAAUCACCCUUAGCUAAUUUAAUUUCUCUCCCCAUUUGUUUCUCAAUAAACAUGAACAACACAAAAGCCUCUGUUUCCAAAGAACUCAACGCCAAACACACAAAGAUAUUAGAGGGACUCCUCAAACUCCCAGAAAACAGAGAAUGCGCAGAUUGCCGGAGCAGGGCGCCGAGGUGGGCCAGCAUCAACCUCGGAAUCUUCAUAUGCAUGCAAUGCUCCGGCAUCCACCGGAGCCUCGGAGUGCAUAUCUCCAAGGUGAGGUCCACCACACUGGAUACGUGGCUCCCCGAACAAGUCGCUUUCAUGCAAUGCAUGGGAAACGAGAAGGCUAACACUUAUUGGGAAGCACUUCUGCCGGGAAACGCCGAGGAUAGAACCGACAUAGAAAGCUUCAUACGAGCCAAGUACGAGGAUAAAAAAUGGGUUUCUGGGGAUAAUAAUUUUGUUACCCCCCCAACUGCCCAUCAUAUUGUGGGUGAAAGAAACCCAUCAUCGGACAGUAGAGAAGAUGGUGCUGGGCCUGGUGGGGGUAGAAUUGGAAUCCCAAGAAAAGCCAGAAAGUAUUCUCUGGAAGAGGAUAUUUUUGAUCCAAACAAGGCACAAGCUUCUUCUUCCACGACAACAACAACGAGACCUCGCUGGGCUUCUGUAGACAUGACGACAGAUAACAUAAUUGUUGUUGAACCUCCGGCGAAUGAUAACGGCGGCGGUGACCGUCAACCGGCAAGAAAGAGUGAGACUGCAAAGGAUCUUUUCAGUUUGCUCUAUGCCCCAGAGGUUAAACAAGACCGCGUAGUUGUUCCUCCAUCCCGCUGGGCUACAUUUGACUGAGGUGCUUUAAGGAUCUUUGGGAGUUGAACUCCAUAUACUCUUGUAUUAGAACUUAAUAGUAAUAUUUGAAAUCUCCAAGAACCAAAUUUUAUUGGCCCAUUUAUAUUAGGAAUAUUUAUAGAUAGAUACUCCCUUCGCCCCAUAAAAUAGUUCUCGUAUUUACUACGAUCAGAGUUUAAAAAGUAGGAAUAAAGUUAAAAUGUAUAGUUGUGGUUGAGUAAAAAAAAGGAAAUGAAGGUGAAGCACACAAAAUAUUCCCAAAAGAGAAAUGAGAACUAUUUUUUGGAUGGUCCGAAGAGGAAACUAGUAACUAUUUUGUGGGACGGAUGUGGUAUCUUUUAACUUUUGAUUAUGCCCGUUUUAAAUGGUACUCCCUCCAACUUUCUCUUUCCCUUUUUGGCAAAAAAAUUAUGGUUCACGACAAUUCUUACACAUUCUUACACAUUUCUCUAUACUCUGCACAACUUUCC